AUGUUCGAGCCGUCCCCUAGAUCAUCUCAAACUGUUGAUCCACGACUUUAUGAAAAGUAUCAUCGAAGAGUGACAAAAAAAUUUUCUCAAAUAGAACAUGAACGAACAUACUCACCUAAAGCUAAAUUGUUUAAGAUACUUAGGCUAUUCUCUUAUGGAG